UAAAAUCCAUAUCUGUUAGAUAUAAAAUCAUUCUACUAAAAAAAAAAGUGAGCGCAUGCACGCAGAUGUGCAUGUUUGCAGCCCACCACUGGAGUAGGAGGGGACUGGGCGGGCCCCCAGCGUUAGGAUGACAAGGCGUACAGCUUCCAAUGCGCCGAUGGCAACAGAUAAGUAAAAAGUGAGCUCCGCGGACGCACGACAACACAGCAACUGAAGUGGAAAGCGGCUCCUGUUCUGCUCCGCGCUCUAUUUCGGACGUUACCUUAAAAAAAAAACAAAAAAAACAAAAACGGCUUCAGACAGGACAGAAUUUAAACCAACGAAGGAGAGUCUAAAAGACAGUCGUCCGCUUUUGGGUUUGGGGUCUUUUCCCACCCCUCCUCUUUAUGCCAGGGAAGUGUUGUCAAACUUUCUAACCGUAAGUGGAGAAUUUUUUUUUUUUCUUUGUCUUUGCCACCUCGAAGACUGAAUCCAGGCAAACUAAUGACGGCAGAGGUCCAGCAGCCCCCAGCGCAGCCUCCUGCCCAGAACAGCCCGAUGUCCGCGCCGGAGAAGCCGCAUGGACAGACGGUGGUGAUGGAAACCGCGUCCUCUACCACGAAAACCAAGAAGACGAACGCAGGGAUCCGGCGACCAGAGAAGCCCCCUUACUCGUACAUAGCCUUGAUAGUCAUGGCCAUCCAGAGCUCCCCAACCAAGCGGCUGACGCUCAGUGAGAUCUACCAGUUCCUACAGAGCCGCUUCCCGUUCUUCCGGGGCUCGUAUCAGGGAUGGAAGAACUCCGUGCGUCACAACUUGUCUCUGAACGAGUGCUUCAUUAAGCUGCCCAAGGGCCUGGGCCGACCGGGGAAGGGCCACUAUUGGACUAUCGACCCGGCCAGCGAAUUCAUGUUCGAGGAGGGCUCCUUCAGAAGAAGACCCAGAGGCUUCAGGCGCAAAUGCCAGGCGCUGAAGCCCAUGUACAGCAUGAUGAACGGCCUGGGAUUCAACCACAUUCCCGAGGCGUACAACUACCAGGGGAGCGGCGGGGGCCUGUCUUGUCCGCCCAACAGCCUGUCUCUGGACAGCGGGAUCGGGAUGAUGAAUGGACACUUGGCAGGUAACAUGGAUGGGAUGGGUCUGUCCGGCCACUCCAUGUCUCACUUGUCGAGCAACAGUGGACAUUCCUACAUGGGAAGUUGCACGGCGUCCACUGGGAGCGAUUACCCCCACCACGACAAUUCCGCCUCCCCGUUGCUGACCGGCGGGGGAGUCAUGGAGCCUCACCCCGUCUACUCGAGCUCGGCUUCGGCGUGGGCCUCGGCCCCGCCAGCGUCGCUCAACAACGGGGCUUCGUACAUCAAGCAGCAGCCGCUGUCUCCGUGCAACCCGGGGGCGAACAGCCUGCAGCCGAGCUUGCCCACACACUCACUGGACCAGUCGUACCUGCACCAGAACGGACACAGCAGCACAGACUUACAAGGUAUUCCUCGGUACCAUUCCCAGUCGCCCAGCAUGUGCGACCGGAAGGAGUUCGUGUUCUCCUUCAACGCCAUGACCUCCUCCGCCAUGCACUCACCGGGAAACAGCUCCUACUACCACCACCAGCAGGUCUCCUACCAGGACAUCAAGCCGUGCGUGAUGUGAACCCCGCCGGGACACGCUGCACACCGCAUGGACGGUGUGGGAAUGUGUGUGUGUGGGUGCGUGUGUGUGUGUGAGUCACUCGGACUGGAGCCAUGCAGACAGCAGCACGGGAACAGAGAAUUAAAACAACAACAAAAAUCACCACUGAGAGACUUUUGUGCUGAGGAGAGAGAGCUCCUUGCUUCCUGUAGACCGGAGUAAUUCCCUGUGUUGUUGGACACCAGACGACUGAAGCCACACAAUAAUAAAAUAAUAAUAAUAAUAUAUAAUAAAACAAACAAUUCCAUACCUUCAAAGUGGCAUAACAAAGAGAGAGAGAGAGAGAGAGAGAGAAACGUGCAGUUUGGUACUAAGUCCUGCGGAGCGGAUGACCUCUCACUUCUCACAUGUUUAAUCAUUUUUUGUAAAAUAUGCACACCUUCGUUUUUUUUUUCCGUUUAAAGUUUUUUUUUAUUAUUAUUUUUUAUUUCUAAUUUUCAUGUUGUUGACAGAUUAGCUGGAACAAAAAUACCCGGCGUUGAUUUCUGAAUAAAUAAUUAUGGACAUUGCAUAGGCCUAUAUACUGUACGUCCAUACUGUAUACUGUGUAAAAAAAAAAAAAAAAAAAAAAAUUGGCACUUUUUGAAUCGCCUAUAAGCGCAACUUUUUAUUUAUUCUCCAGGCCUGUAUUUUCAGUUUCCGGCGAACUGGCCAAGGAGUUCCGUGCUUUAUUGGCAAUAUUUGUCAAGAUGCGUGUUAUUUGUUUUUUU